UGCACGGCCCCUCCCUUCAGAGCCGCACCCGCGAUUUCGUCACAGCUGGAGCUUCCCAUGGAAAGCUCCACCCAAACGUCGCAACAGUGACCUCCCACUUGUGCCUCCCGACCUCGACCUCUACAAUCCCACCUACAUCAAGCAUCCGGCGCAUCACCAUUUUCCUCCAUCUUGUCGUGGUCGCACUCAUUCUCAUCUUCAUUUCUCGAGGAUGCAGAGCCCGUAAACAACCAAAUUCAACCACUCGAUAGUCGGCCCAACCCCAACAUGCAACUCCUCACCACCACCCUCGCCUUCCUGGCCUCGGCCACGACCGCCCUUGCAGCGCUCGCCCCGCAAACCUCGAUAACAAUAACCCUCCCCUCCACCCCUCCCGGCGACACCUCAGGAAAACUCUUCGUCUUCCCCCCCUCCACGCACGGCACGCUGUCCACCUUCGGACAGACCAAGUCCGCCCCCCUCAGCGUCGCCAACACGCUCGUUUUUAGGAAUGUCACGCAGGGCUCGUACCUGCUGGACAUCCACUGUCCCACGCACGCGUUCGCCCCGCUUCGGGUGGACGUGGCACCCAUCUUGGACGGCGUGGAAGGGGACGGACACGGCGAGGCCAAGUUGGAGGUGAAGGCGUGGGAGACGUACAGGGGCAAUGAUUGGGAUAAUAAGGGGGAGGAGGCGCCGAGGCAGACACUGAGGGGAGGGGGGAAUGGGGGCGUGGUGUUUGGGGCGAAGGUGUUGGGGGAGAAGGGAUAUUUUAUGGAGAGGAGUAAAUUCUCCGUUCUUUCGAUCCUCCGCAACCCCAUGAUCCUUCUCGGUUUGGUCAGCAUGGUCAUCUUCCUUGGCAUGCCGAAGCUGGUUGAGAACAUGGACCCCGAAAUGCGCGCUGAAUGGGAAGAGAAUCAGAAGAAGAACCCCAUGAACGCUCUCAUGGGCGGCGGUGGCGCUCCCGCGGCGUCGAACUUUGAUAUGGCUGCUUUUCUUGCCGGUACCAGCGCUAAGAAGGAGGAGUCUUCUGGUGAUGCGGCGGCGAGCACGGGUGGCGGCGCCCAGCAAGGUGGCAAGAAGAAGAGAGGUUGAAACUACUCGCGGGUAUAAACUAAGUGAGAGAAGGGGAUGGUUAUGACUUGGGUGGCAGCAUAAAGGAAGGGAGCUUACAGAGAGCUGAGUUGUUCGCUAACGAUAACGAGCAUAAUAGCCGGAGUGGACAUACGUUGCUUGUCAAGAGAACUGCAGUUGUAGAGUACUAGUGAUAUAUAAUUAUGGCAAGUUAAAUUCUGCCACAAUUAUAAAGUAUUAAUUAAGCUUCUAUUACUGCUCCG